GGAAGGCGAGUCCGGAAUUUUCCAUUCUUUCUCUGCUUGCAAGCCAAACACUCCCCCACCUCCCCAUCAUCUCGUACGGGAUCCUUAAUCAUUACUCUCUCUCUCUCUCUCUCUCUCUCUCUCUCUCUCUUAUUUAUUUACAAGGCUUCGAUCAUUUCCUCACUUUGCAUGAAUCCUUCACCCCUCUCCCCAAGAUCUCUCUCUUUCAUUCAUCCUCUUUCUAUCUAUCCAUCUAUUUGUGAAUCAAGCUACAGCUGAGGAGCUUUAGGGAGUGCAUGGAUGGAUCCUUCAAGCGCACAACGCCAGGAUAUGGCUACUGCUAAUUCUCUGGAAAGCAUGUUGGUGUGCUCAAAGGCGCAGGCAGCGGCAGAGAGGAAGCCCAGGCCGCAGCCAGAGCAAGCCCUGAAGUGCCCCAGAUGCGACUCCACCAACACUAAGUUCUGCUACUACAACAACUACAGCCUCACUCAGCCAAGGUACUUCUGCAAGUCUUGCCGGAGGUACUGGACCAAAGGGGGUACCCUACGCAACGUCCCCGUCGGCGGAGGUUGCAGGAAAAACAAGAGGUCAUCUUCUUCUUCUUCAUCAUCCUCAUCAGCCAAGAGACACCAAGAUCAUCACCAACCACUCCUGCCCACCCAUUCAAACCCACUCUCCGGUGCUCUCCCUGCCCUAGCCUACGACUCCUGCAGUGAUCUCACCCUCGCCCUCGCCAGGCUCCACAAGCAACAAUCUGGGCAGUUGGGCUUCGAUGACAACCAUGAUCUUUCCAUUUUCGCAAACCCUAACGUCAACGCUCAUCAUCAAGUUAAUCUUGGAAACCCUAGUUUUGGCGCCACUUCAAGUGCUCCAACUGCUCAUCCCCACUUCGUGGACGCGCUGAGAAAUGGGUUUGUUGAGAAUCCAGUUGGCGGGUUUCAGAGUUUGUACUACGGGUUGGGCAAUGGAAAUCUUCAUCCGCAGAUGGACAGCUACGGGCAGGACAUAGUGCAGCUGCCAUUCGAGGAGUUGAGCAGCAGCAGUGGUGCAGAGACGACGGCUGUGACGGUGACGACGGUGAAGCAAGAGAUGAUGAGCAGUGCUGAUCAUGGCGGCAGAGAAGGGGGUCAGAGCAGUAGGCUGUGGGGGUUUCCGUGGCAGCAUAGUAGUGCGAUUAACGGUGGAGAUCAUCCGAUCAUGGGAACUGAUCAUCAGAUGAUUGAUUCUGGGAGAGAGAGCUGGAAUGGUUUUGCUUCAUCCUGGCAUGGACUGCUUAAUAGCCCUCUGAUGUAGAUCGAUGAGACUCUUUAAUUUUUUUUUUCUUUUUUUCCCAUGUGUCUGCACGCAGUUCAAAAAAAAAAAAAAAAAGGGGUUACGAUCUCUUCUCUUAAUUUCUUGACUCGAAGGUCAAUUUUGUUCUUUGAGUUUUGUAUUAAGAGAAAUGAUUGAUGAUAAUCACCUUGUGAACCGAUCACCUUUGUUUUGUUCUGGGUUUUCCCUUAAUCACUAUUGAUUUAUCCUUAAUUUUUAGAUUCAA